AAAUGGCGACUGCCAUGCGUAUGUGCGACAGUUGUUUUCUACGCAGUUCGUAGAGAUGUCGUUCUAAUGGAAAUUUCCACUCUCUCAGUUCAUCUAUAUUAUGUAUUUGCGUACACACAUAUAUCAAAGUUUGAAUUAAGCAAAGGACAGGGGCGUUCUAGAUAGCAACCAUUGCACUAGUGUGAACGAAAGCAAAGCGGAUUCUGUCAAGAAUUGUUGGUGUAGAUACUACUUGCUAGCGGAUAGCCUGAUAUUUGGAGCUAGCUUGCUAGCUAGCUUGCUGUGGCCAACAUCAUUCAGGAUUUAAUUUCUUAGGGUAGUUGAGGUAUACGUAGACUGACUGUAUUGACAGGUGUUCGUUUUCACUUGGCUGACAUGGAGUACCAUGGUGGUGGAGCUGGUGCGGUCUUGGUCAGUGGUAGUAAUGUUCCUGCUUUUCUGACGAAACUUUGGACGUUGGUUGAGGAUCCUGAAACUGACCCUCUAAUAUGCUGGAGCCCAAGUGGAAGCAGUUUUCACGUAUUUGACCAAGGCCGCUUCUCCAAAGAGGUGCUUCCGAAAUACUUCAAACACAACAACAUGGCUAGCUUCGUCCGCCAGCUCAACAUGUAUGGCUUCCGUAAAGUCGUUCAUAUAGAACAGGGAGGUUUGGUGAAACCAGAGAAAGAUGACACAGAAUUUCAGCAUCCCUAUUUUAUACGUGGACAGGAGCACCUAUUGGAAAACAUAAAACGAAAAGUUACAAAUGUGUCAAAUAUUAAACAAGAGGAUGUCCGGCUGAGCACGGACGAGAUCAGCAAAGUGCUCAGCGACGUGCAGCAGAUGCGGGGCAGGCAGGAGAGCAUGGACAGCAAGCUCAGUGCAAUGAAACAGGAGAAUGAGGCACUGUGGAGGGAGGUGGCCAGCCUGAGGCAGAAGCACGCGCAGCAGCAGAAAGUCGUCAAUAAGCUCAUCCAGUUCCUCAUAACCCUGGUGCAGUCCAACAGAGUGAUGGGAAUGAAAAGAAAAAUGCCCCUGAUGUUGAAUGACAGCACCUCCGCUCACUCGCUGCCCAAGUACUCUCGGCAGUACUCUCUAGAACCUUCCCCGGCUAUCUCGGCUCCCUCUACUGGUUUCUCGGCUGCAAAUCUCUUCGCCUCGGACGGACUGCUUAAGACAGGCCCAAUCAUCUCUGACAUCACAGACUUGGCCCAGACCAGUCCGGUUACCUCGGAGUGGAUCGAGGACAGCAGUGAAAGGAUAAGCCCGCUGGUGCACAUCAAGGAGGAGCCGUCCAGCCCCACCACCACCCACGACUCGGAGGUGGACGAGGUGUGUCCGGUGGAGGUGGAGGUGGGCACGAUGCCCCCAGACACGCCUCUCUCCCCCACCACCUUCAUCAACUCCAUCCUGCAAGAGAACGAGCCGACCACCGCUACUGGCACGGCCAACGCCACCACGUCCCUGGCCCCUGCGGCUCCGGUCCUCGCCCCCACCUCUUCAGCCCACGAUGCACCGCCGGGCAGUCCUAGGUGCCUCAGCCUCGCCUGCAUCGAUAGUUCUCCACAGAUGUCUGAAGUCUAUCACCUUUUCCCCAGCCCCACCUCCUCGUCUCUUCACCCCCGACUUCUCCCAGGAACGGAACUCCAUGACCACCUGGAUAACAUUGAUAACGGCUUGGAGAACCUACAGUCCAUCCUGAAUGCCCAGUCCAUCAACUUUGAGUCCUCGCCUCUCUUUGAUAUCUUCAGUUCCUCCUCCAUAAACACAGACUUUGACUUGGACAGCCUGGCCACUAUCCAGGAGCUCCUCUCCGAUUCGCCCAAGGAUGCUCCGUCAAGCAAUAACUCCACAAACGCAGGGAAGCAGCUUGUCCAGUACACCGCCCAGCCUGUUCUCCUGAGCGACCCGAUCAACACAGACGUACCAGGGGAGGACCUGCCCAUGUUACUGGAGCUCGAAAGGGACAAUUACUUUGGCCAGGACCCUGCCGAGGACCCUACCAUCUCUCUUCUCUCUGGCGACUAUCAAGUGGUUACACCGGACGACCCCAAACUCACCUAAAACAACACUCUUACAAUAUUUUGUUAAGGGAUGUGUACUACAAUGUUUUUGUCUUCUUUAUUUGACUUUUCCCCUUUAUUCUUGGGUUUUAUUAUUUUUGUUUUUAUUGAUUGUCAAAUACCCCAAGCACCUUUCUGCACUACUAGUCUUUCUAAGACGAAUUUAGUCCAAAAAAUGUAUUACCAUAGAUAUUUCGGGCAGGAUGUAUUGUGACCAGGCAAUGCAGUUUUAUCUUGUCAUCUUGCCUGUAGCAAGAAAAAUGGCCUGGAAAUUGGCAGAGUGAAGACUGACUUCAAGCUACAGAUAAUCAUUAGGUCAGGCUUUUUGAUAUUUAGAAAGCACAGUGGGUUUUUUUAAGCAAUGCUUCAUUCAUGCUGACUUUAACCCGGACAUUGAGGAAACGAAUCGUCUGGAAGUGUCGGGUCAUUAUUCAUUUUAUUUUUUUUGGAUCUAGGCUCAGGCUGGGCUAACAUGUCUUUCGCAAAGAAUGCAUCUGAGCUGUCCUAAUCAUUAUGGUCACUCAUGUCACUCAUCUAUCGGUUUAGCAAGAGAUUGUUGUGCUAUACAAAAAAAAAAAAGCUGUUUUAUCGUUUUGUUUUUUGACUUUUUAUUCACCAUAGGUAGCACCAUCAACUCAAGUCACGUUGAGCUUGAACUUCCUGACCGUUUUAGCCUGUUUAGAUUGUACGGAAUGCUGUUUUUGUUUUACAUAAUCUUUUUGUGUUUUAUCAUAAUUUUUAGCCGGAGGAGAGGACAAAAUGUCUAAAUGUAUAGAGAUUAUGCAGUUUUAUCACGGUCAUGAUCCAUCCAGAUUGCACUUUUUAUAGACAGUUAUUCCCGGUCAAGUUGAAUUAAAGACACAUUUUUCCCCAUGGUCUGUCUAACACAUCUAUAUUUCAGUCAUAUUUAUUUUGAGUAAUAUAAUGAAACUAUUAAAUAUUGUUUUCUAUGUGUAUACCCGUUCUGAAAUAUACUAUGGCUCAGAGGUUUACUUUAGAAAAGAGUUUUUAUAAGCUGAAUUAUCCAUCUGCCUUUCUCAAAGCAGUUCAGAACUAGAAAGAAUACCAAUGUGUACAUAGCCAAAUAAGGGGCUCUGAAGCAAACUAUAUGUACGCAACAGCAAAAUGGAUACUAUAAUGGCUUGCUUUUCAAUUGAUAAAUGUAAACGUAAGGAUGUGAAGAUUAUUUGAUAUCAUAUCUCCACAGUGGUUAUCCUUAUGUACAUGGAUAUUGAUUGACAAUUACAUGACUUUAAUUGUAAAGUCCUCUCCUAUUUAUAAUAAGCAAAACUUUGACUUCUCAUCACCCACUUCUCUUGGAAAAAAUUAAAAUAUUUAAUGGAAUGUCCUUGUCUGAGACAGAGUGACAAAAAAGCAUUGUCUUUUUUUUGUGUGGAGAAUGACUUGUGUCGUGUGUGGGCAUAAUCAUAGCGCCACCAAGAGGUUACAGAAGGAGUUGUGAAUAUUCAGUGGAAUUGCUCAAUGUUGGCUUUGCUUACUAAAGUUUAUUUGUGCAAAGCUUCUUGCCUGUAACUUAGUAUAAUAAGUUUGGUAGUUGAUUUGUCACCGUCUUUGGGGGGACUUUAAGAAAUUAUUUUAUUACGCAUGUAAUGGAAAACACUGUGUAUUGGUAUGUUUCAAAAUAAAACCAGUUGCAAUACA